UGGUGCUGUGCCUGGUGCCAGCAAGCUGGGCUCAACAUGGUGCCGGGUGCCAUCCUGGCACGAGGGAGGGAUGUUUGUAAGCGGAACGGACUGCUCAUCCUGUCUGUGCUGUCUGUCACCGUGGGCUGCCUCCUCGGCUUCUUCCUGAGGACCCAGCGCCUCUCACCACAGGAAAUCAGUUACUUCCAGUUUCCUGGGGAGCUCCUGAUGAGGAUGCUGAAGAUGCUGAUCCUGCCGCUGGUGGUCUCCAGCUUGAUAUCCGGCCUCGCCUCUCUGGAUGCCAAGACCUCCAGCCGCUUGGGCAUCCUCACUGUGGCAUACUACCUGUGGACCACCUUCGUGGCAGUCAUCGUGGGCAUCAUCAUGGUCUCCAUCAUCCACCCGGGCGGGGCGGCCCAGAAGGAAGUGACGGAGCAGAGUGGGAAGCCCAUCAUGAGCUCAGCCGACGCCCUACUGGACCUCAUCCGGAACAUGUUCCCGGCCAACCUGGUAGAAGCCGCAUUCAAACAGUAUCGCACCAAGACCACGCCCGUGGUCAAGCCCCCCAAAGUGGCAUCGGAGGAGGCCCCUUCUCAGCGGAUCCUCAUCUAUGAGGUCCAGGAAGAGAAUGGCUCUCACAUUCAGCACUUUGCUCUGGACCUGACCCCACCACCCGAGGUCAUCUACAAGUCAGAGCCUGGCACCAGCGAUGGCAUGAAUGUGCUGGGCAUCGUCAUGUUCUCUGCCACCAUGGGCAUCAUGCUGGGCCGCAUGGGUGAGAGCGGGGCCCCCCUGGUCAGCUUCUGCCAGUGCCUCAAUGAGUGCGUCAUGAAGAUCGUGGCAGUGGCUGUGUGGUACUUCCCCUUUGGCAUUGUGUUCCUCAUCGCCGGCAAGAUCCUGGAGAUGGAUGACCCCACAGCCGUGGGGAAAAAGCUGGGCUUCUACGCCAUCACCGUGGUGUGCGGGCUGGUGGUCCACGGCCUGGUCAUCCUGCCGCUGCUCUACUUCUUCAUCACCAAGAAGAACCCCAUCGUCUUCAUCCGCGGGGUCCUUCAGGCCCUGCUCAUCGCGCUGGCCACCUCCUCCAGCUCGGCCACGCUGCCCAUCACCUUCAAGUGCCUGCUGGAGAACAACCACAUUGAUCGGCGGAUCGCCCGCUUUGUGCUGCCCGUGGGCGCCACCAUCAACAUGGACGGCACUGCGCUCUACGAGGCUGUGGCUGCCAUCUUCAUCGCCCAGGUCAACAACUACGAGCUGGACUUCGGCCAGAUCGUCACCAUCAGCAUCACAGCCACCGCAGCCAGCAUCGGGGCAGCGGGCAUCCCCCAGGCCGGGCUCGUCACCAUGGUCAUCGUGCUCACCUCCGUGGGCCUGCCCACUGACGACAUCACCCUCAUCAUUGCCAUCGACUGGGCUCUGGACCGCUUCCGCACCAUGAUUAACGUGCUGGGUGACGCGCUGGCCGCGGGGAUCAUGGCCCACAUCUGCCGGAAGGACUUUGCUCAGGACACGGACACCGAGAAACUGCCGCCCUGCGAGACCAAGCCGGUGAGCCUGCAGGAGAUCAUGGCGACCCAGAAGAACGGCUGUGUGAAAAGCGUGGCGGAGGCCUCCGAGCUGACCCUGGGCCCCACCUGUCCCCACCAUGUCCCCGUCCAGGUGGAGCAGGAUGAGGAGCCGGCUGCCGCCAGCCUGGACCACUGCACCAUAGAAAUCGGCGAGCUCGAGACCAACGUCUGA